AGCUGCGUUUAUCACGUGCACUGCUUCUGCUGUAGCAGCUGCGGUCUUCCGCUUCAGAAAGGGGAUCAGUUUGUGGUCGAUGAAGAUAGGCAGCUGUAUUGUAGAUUAGAUUACGAGAAGAAGAUGGCCAAUCAAUUUUCCUUCCUACAAAACAACAACAACACAAACACAAACAACAACAAUAAUAACAAUAAUUUAAUGGACAUUGACCAGAGCAAAGGACCGAAACGACCGCGAACCAUCCUGACCACCAGCCAACGGAAAAAGUUCAAAUCAUCUUUCGAGGUCAACCCGAAACCUUGCCGCAAGGUUCGAGAGGCUCUUGCGGCAGAAACAGGGCUCAGUGUCCGCGUCGUGCAAGUUUGGUUUCAAAAUCAAAGAGCCAAGGUU